AUGUUGGGACGGCUGGUACUUAUACCGGCUUUAUUAGCAAUCGUUAGCUGCGAUUUGCCGUUAGAUGUCAACGAGGUGGUCUUCCGAGACGAUGACUCUCUCGGAUAUCGACUGCCCGAGGACUUAGACCCGAUAUCGUAUGAAGUAGAAGUAACGCCUUAUUUCGAGGAAGCACCAGAGAAUAAGACUCCAUUUACUUUUGAUGGUGUGGUGACAAUAGCUGUCAGGGCACUAAAGGAUAACCUAACUAGUUUGAUAAUUCAAGAAAACGUUAGAAACAUAACAGGAGUGAGUUUAGAGGCCAAUAGUACAAACACUCCAGUAACAGUAAAUGCAACAAAUCCAUUUACAAGGAUUAGAGAGUUUCAUUUACUGAGAGUAAAUUUAGACGAGGGUGUUACAUUGGUCAAUGGAGAUGUAUAUUUGUUAACUAUUACGUAUAUCGGGAACAUCAAUGAGACGCCGCUAUCGAGAGGCGUUUUCAGAGGAAGUUAUAGAGACAAGGACGGAAAACUACAUUGGUAUGCUGCAACGCAUCUUCAGCCAGUAAACUCGAGACAAGCGUUUCCCAGCUUCGACGAACCCGGAUUCAAAUCUACCUUCAAUAUUAUCGUUAAUCGUCCAGCACAUUUCACCGAAACGUUCUCUAAUAUGCCAAUCAAAGAAAAUUCAACCCAGGGCGAUCGUGUACGGGAAGUUUUCUAUACCACACCAAGAAUGUCUGCCUACUUGGUCACAUUUCAUAUCAGCGAAGAAUUUAAAGUCAUUGCAGAAAACAACAACGCAGAAGAGCCCUAUCGUAUCUUAGCCAGGCCUGAAGCUGAAGGGCAGGGUGAAUACGCAUUGGAAGUGGGACCACCCAUUACAAAAUGGCUCGUGGAUUACUUCAAUAUUAGUUACUAUGGUAUGGCAGAUGGUUUGAAGAAUGACCAAAUAGCGUCUCCUGAUUGGGCGUCUGGAGCCACGGAAAACUGGGGUUUGGUAACGUACAGAGAAAAUCGUCUUUUAUAUGAAGAGGGCGAAACCAAUAUUGUGGACAAGAUAAACAUUGGAACAAUAACAGCUCAUGAACUCGCUCAUAAAUGGUUUGGCAACCUGAUCACGUGCAGAUGGUGGGAUAACGUUUGGAUUAAUGAGGGAUUCGCCAGUUACUUUGAAUAUUUCGCUAUGGAUGGCGCUGAUCCAUCGUUGGAGCUGCAUGACCAAUUCAUCAUCAUGUACUUACAAAGCGCCUUGAGUGCUGAUGCGUCAUUGGGAACAAGAGCUCUGCGUCAUACUGUGAACAGUCCAAGUCAGGUGACCGGUCACUUCUCAGGCAUCAGCUAUUCCAAAGGAGCAUCUCUGUUACUCAUGUUGAAGCAUUUCUUAGGAGAGGGUACCUUCAAGACGGCUCUAAACAAGUUUUUGCUUGACAGGUCCUAUGAGCAUGCAUUCCCUGAAGAUCUGUAUCGUGCCUUCGCAAGUGCGGUUGAGAACAGUGAACAAAGUACAGACGUAGAUAUAGAAGCCUUCAUGCAGUACUGGGUAGACGAACCAGGCUAUCCAUUACUGACUGUGGAAUUUGAUACGGAAAAUGGGGUCUUAAGUCUUACACAGGAACGCUUCCUUAUAAAUCCUUCAGAUGAUAACACAGACCAGGUAUGGCCCUUACCAUUAACUUUUACCACUGGAGAUGACCCCGAUUGGUCUGACCUAACACCCAAACAUUUAAUGACUACCCCUACGCUUGAGAUCGAAGUGGAGGCCGGCGAAGAAUGGGUUAUUUUCAACUUGCAGCAGAAAGGUAUAUACAGAGUAAAUUACAAUGAACGAAAUUGGGAAUUGUUAGCAGCUGCUCUUGAUGAAGACCAUACCAAGAUUCAUCAUUUGAACAGAGCUCAAAUUGUUGAUGACGUAUUUGCACUUAUGAGGGCAGAGAAAUUGUCAUACAUGCUUGGAUUCAGGGUUCUUGCAUUCCUGAAAAAAGACACCGGUUUCUACUCGUGGUAUCCAGCUAUAUCCGGUUUUAACUGGUUGCGUAAUAGAUUACUACACAUUCCCGGUACUUUGGCGCAGUUUGAUGAUCUUCUUCAUCAGUACUUAGAUGAAGUAGUUAAAGAUGUUGGAUACGAUGGUCAGCCUGGCGAAGCUGUCACCAGAACACUUAACAGAUUCUAUAUAUUGUCUUUCGCAUGCAAUGUAGGAUAUCAGGGUUGCCUUGAAAAUUCAGCGCAGAAGUACGCCGCGUUUAAAGAUGAUAAUGUUAGUGUGGACCCUAACUUACGCCGGCAUGUCUUUUGCACGGGAUUGCGGCAAGGUGGCUACGAUGACUGGAGUAACUUGAGAAAUCGCAGAUUGAAUUCUAACAAUCACGCGGAUGCAUUCGUUACAUUGCGCGCUUUAGGCUGCACCAGCGACGAAAAGGCUGUUGAAGAGCACUUGGAAAAUAUUCUUACCGAAGAAGUGAAGGCACAAGAUAGGGUGAACGCAUUAAAUUUCCUCUACAUGGGAGUUCAAACAAAUGCCAAUAUCGUUCUACAAUUUUUGAAAACUAGAAUGGACGAUGUCAGAAUCGCAGUUGUGUUACCUGCUUGGUUUGAAAACGUUAUCACCAAUUUAGUAUCGUAUCUCAAUGAAGAGGGCUUGGAGGAUAUGGAAGAAUGGGUUUCAGAAAACCAAUCGACAUUCCCUGAACAUGAUAUUGCUGUAAGAUCUAUUAAUACGGCUAGAAGUAACAUGCAGUGGGGUUCCGAACGGGCAGAAUUGAUUCUUGCUGCUUUAAGAGGAUCAGCAUCCACUGCGAUGCUGUCCAUGACAGUGCUGGCAGUCAGUCUAUUGGUUGUGAUGAUAAGAUAAUGUAAUAUAACUAAUAAGUAAUAAUAUUUAGUAUGUGAAAUGAAAUAUAUUGAUUGUAUUGUAGUAUUUUUUACUUGUUCGUAUUUAUCAAGUGAUUAUAAUUUGUUAGUAUAAAAAUAAGGUCCCACUUAAGGAUUUUGUUUUUUAAUUAUUGAAGGAUUCAAAUUUGAAUUUAAAAUAAUGAAUUUUUGGAGUCUGUGUUAUUGUAUUUUCCCCACAUAUGGAGUAUGAUAGGUGAAUAAAUUAUUUUAUAUACAAUGAUUAGAAUUCAUUGUAUUGAAUACUUAAUAACAAUAAAUAAAAAGUUUAUUAUUAUGAAGUAGUAGAAUUUAUUA